GACAGAACGGACAGAAUCAACUUUCUCUCGCUGGGAAUGGGGACAGUGAUUGACCCGUCCCUCACCAGCCCCAGCAUUGGCAGGAAAAGAACACUCGCCCGACGUCUCUACGGAUACGUCACAGGCGACCACGUCCCGCUUCCAAACCCUCCCGACACGGCCUUGAAGCCCUGGGACGGCGUCGGGGACUGUUGGUGCAGUGUGCCCUCCAACGCAGGACUGGCACAGAUGGCGAUCCUGCUUGGCCAGCGGGCCGUGCCCGAGGAGGUCGUGGUCGAACAUAUUCCGAAGGGGGCCUCUCCCGACCCUGACAUCGCGCCGCGGGAGAUGGAGCUCUGGGCGCAGUUCAAGCCCCAUCAUGGUCCUGUAGCCGCUACUACCGCGGUGACCUCGGACUCCUCCCCAGUCGCCUCUCCUCCGCCAUCGCGGUUCCGCCCUUCGUUCUUGGGCCGUUUCUUCUCAUCUUCUAGGUCCUCUCCCACAAAUUCAACACCAUCGCCGUCCGCAACUCUCGCCUCCUCGCCGUUGUCGCUGUCCUCACUACACGACACCAUCCUGGAAACCCUGCACCGGGCGUACCCAAACGAGCCCGAAGCGGCGUAUUCGAACGACGCGCUCCUCGGACCGUCCUUCUUCCGCGUAGGCAAGUGGCAGUACGAUCGCGACGGUGAGCCCGUUCAGCGCUUCACGUUGAACGCCAUUGUCGACCAGCCCACGCUGCGUGUGGACAAGGUUGAAGCUGUAUGGGCAUGUGUAGUUGGCAUUCUGCCGAGUCAAGACUGGUUUGCUUCGAUCGCAGGUGGCGUUCCUACUUUGUGUACUCUGUACUCUUUUUUCAAUUUCAAGGACUGGACUACUGUGGACUGGACUGCUGGCUUCUGGCGUCAAGGAUGGCGUUUCUCUGUAGCUAAAGAUCCUUUGUUGUUGGAUUCAUAUGGUGUUCUGUUCAUCCAGGAUAAGAUAUUUAAUAGUUGGAGUAUAAUGGAUGGUGCUUUUUUUUCUUUUGCCCCUAUUAUUAGCUCUAUUUCUGUGGCUUCCAACAUUCAGGCAAUUAAUAAGAGUGAUACGUAG